AUGCCAAUGGAACUUCGAAAGCGAAAGGCUCCUACCGAGCCGAAGGACGCGCCCGUCGCAAAGAAGAAAGUCACCAAGGUCGCUGCAUCAAAGGCGAAAGCACCAAAGCCCAAGGCGAUAGCGAAGGAAUCGAAAAAGAGCGCGACAUCGAGCGCCCCGGAAGUCCCUACAAUUGGAACUGUCCUCGAUCUCGAGCAAUAUCAAGACGAAAUACAGCUCCAGGAUGGCACGCAAUCUUCGCUCAAGGCGCUGAUAGAAUCAAGCGAAAACGGUGUAGUGCUCUUUACCUACCCCAAGGCUUCAACUCCUGGAUGCACAAGGCAAGCGUGUCUCUUUCGCGACGGCUACGACCACCUGUCUUCAACCGGCUUAUCGAUCUAUGGUCUAUCCGCAGAUAGCCCAAAUGCCAAUAGCAAGUUCAAAGAGAAGCAGAAGCUUCCGUACCCGCUGGUUUGCGACCCAGCAGCUAAAUUGAUUGGGGCUAUUGGGUUCAAAAAGCAGCCAAAGGGGACUACUCGCGGGGUUUUUGCAGUAGAUAAGACUGGAAAAGUGCUACUACUUGAAGCUGGAGGACCUGAGACCACUGUCAAGUUGGUUGAGAAGCUGAUUGACGGGGACACGAAAUCCAACUCUGACUAG